AUGGGUAGCGAGAUCAAACGCUGGCAACAGUCCGUGGUGCGUGAUGGCAGCACGGAAACUUCGUCAUCCAAGCGAGACGGAUUUACCUCACGUCUCAGCAAAGCAGCGUGUCAACUAUUCCAUCUCUGUCUCGACCAGGGUGAUCUUGGAACCAUCGGACCCCACCGCCGUGAGCUCAGUCGCGUCUAUGGAUACUUGCAGCUGUGGUGCGAUGGUUACGGUGCGCUGACCGGGGACCUUGACGUUGCCCUAUCCGAAUCAAAAAGGCUGCGACGUGACACCUACCGUCUGUUAGUGAGCAUAUGUCAUAUUAUGGCGGAUAUCGACCUUGACAACGACUGGCAGCGCGGGCUACACAAUGAAGCGGCCCGGACCCGGGAUCUAAUCGAAGAGGCAACGUUUGCCAAUGGCGGCGACGAUGGCAGUGAUUCGGGGAGCGACUCUGGAAGCGACACGUCGUCCGUAACAAGUGACUUCAAUAUCGAGGAGAUCACAAAGGAUCUCAAAACCGAUAUUCUUUGCCUGGUUGAGUUAGGUCCCAGAUACAAAGAGCCCAUUCGAGACAGAACUGUCGAGGAGCAGCCUGUAUUGCCAUCGCUAGCAAUGAACUGGGAUCCGGCCGAACACCUAGCGUCCCGCAUACGACACCGUUAUCCCGAUGGAGAUGCUCUCUUGGCUCAUGUCUUCGGCAAGAUGAACUGGGAAAGGGCCAAAAGAUUAUAUGCCGCGAGAGAGGCGAACGCCCGGGCAGUCGAACGGCCAUCAAUACAACUUGCCGCAGCGUCCGAGGCAAAGGGAACCCAUAUGUGGCUGCGCCUGCCAAUUGCCGGAGGCCAACUGGAAGUCAUCCUGGAAAUAGCAUGCCCUCUUUGCCAGGAGCACAUCGGCAGCGAGGGAAUAGCCCAUCUAGCACGGCACCUUGAGGAGAUCUCAUUAACCAUCCUCCCGACAAACACGGAAUCCGACGACGAAUCCGACGGGAAUCCGGGGGAGGGCCCGGAGGGGUCAAAGGAUGGACCCAAUAUCCCCGACGGAACAUUCGCGAAGUCCCCCGAGGAUCCAACAUCAUCAGAAGGCUCCCGAACCCCUGCAACAAGCAAACCCGGCGGGCAACACAACGGACCCGCGUGGUCCCGGGCCAUUGCUUUGUACGAUCUCAAGCCUGCGCGAGCGAGCGAGCUUCCAUUGGUGAAAGGCCAAGACUUAUGGGUCCUAAAAUUAGCGGAAAGGGCCCCAGGUGCAGCCUGGAUUCCAGCCUUAAGUGACCAAGGACAACGCCAAGGUUGGGUGCCACGCUCGUAUGCAAGGUUGAUAAGGAACAACAAGAGUCUUGCCGAAGGCGAUGGCCCAGAACUGCCACACCCAAGUACUGAGUUUGAAUUUCAUACUCAAUGGGGAGAGAGCUACCAAGCUGCCUUGCCUUCUGCAUAUCCGCCGCUUUCUCCUAUUCAAGAACCCCGGGAAAAUAUCGGAGUCAGCAAGUUAGACGGUGCAGGGGCAGAUGAGACCAGUACGACAGGCAACGCAAAUGACAGUGAGACCGCGGUUCUACCGCAUCCACUUGAUGCACCGGAAGAGCCGGGGGGAGGCGUUGACGAGAGGCCAAACAAUAGUCAUUUUAUCCUAUUUGAGGAUGUUAAAUACCACUUGGUGAACGUUCCACCGAAUCCACUCGGUGCACCAGAGAACCCAAAGGGAGGCGUUGACGAUAGGCCAAACAACGGCGAUUUUGUCCUGUUUGAGGGAGUCAGGGACGACUUGGUGUACUUCCCACCGCUGUUUGAUGAUACGGAAGCACCACGCGCCUCGCAAGAGUUGUCGGAGGCAAUUCAUGGGGAUGGUCCGCGCGAGGACUCAAGACACCCGGUGCCCUGGUCGCUGUUUACGUGCCCUGAACCAGGAUGCAACUUCAGGUCACGCAAAGAAAACUUGGAGCGUCACCGACGGAGGCACGGGUAUGACGGAGAGGGUUGGGCUUGCAUGGAGCGUGGUUGUGGCACUCGUUGGUCGACCAAGGAAUUGCUGAACCAACACCGAAGCGAAACGCACGCAAAACCCGAAAUUGACACCGAGGCAGAGUUCCACAAACCUAGGCCUGGAGUAAGCAGGGAAGCAGGGAGCUCGUCUUCCUCGAAACGAGGGCCCGGCGAGGACAGCGAUAUGCAGGCGCUCUUUCGAUCAUCAUAUGGAAGAGUGACAGGAAAGAAAAAAGACAUUGGUUAG